UAUUCUCCCAGCAAACCAUCAGAGCUAUUACACUAAUUCAACGUUCUCUCCACACGAACGACAUCCGCUUAUAAACCCCAAACCAAACACGGCUGUUCCUUAGCAUGGCCAGCGACGAAUAUCGUGAAAUCUUGGAAACCAAACGGCUCGAAAUCGUGAAAAGCAUCAACUGCGAGCGAAGUCUGCUCCUGAAUCAUUUGCGAUCGAACCUGGUCUUUGAUCGGGAGGAUUGCGAGCUUAUACAUGCUGCUAAGACGAACGAUGGCAGGGUGGGAAAGCUCAUAGACACUCUACUACAGAAAGGCCGUGAUGCCUACGAGUGUUUUAUUGAUGUGGUACAAAUUGAAAACCCCGCACUCUAUGAGCUGUUGACUGGAGAGAAAGCUAGUGGCAAGCCGAGGAUGCCCGAUUUGGCGUUUCUGGAUCUGCAACCUGGGAACUACUCUCAGCUGCAGCCUCUCGUAGAGUAUCAACAAAGAAUGCUUCAAGAUCUGACCGACAGCGCAAAGAGAUACAGAGAAGUGUUGAAGGCGAACGAAUCUCUCGAAAAAAAACUGGAAAAUGCUACUAAGGACUUAGAAUUUGAGAAAGCCAAGCGAAAACACUGUGAAAACAGGUUAACACAGGAGAAGAAAAUCGACGAAUCUUUGAUAAAGAAUGAGAUGUUACUGUUUCACGAGUACGAUGAGAUGGAGAGAGGAAUCGCGGACAGAGAUGUUUACAUCAUCGUCCUUCAAAUGAAGCUGUUAUCGGAGAAAGAAGAAGUGGAAAAUCUCAAGACAAAGGUUGAAGAACUUGAACAUAAGAAUGAGAAGAUGGAAAGAGAAUUGAAACGAGUAUCGCAGAGUUAUAACCAAGAAAGGUGUCAGUCUAUCAAGUUGACCGAAUGUAUCCGAAUACAAGGUGACGAGAUACAGAAGAUCGACGAUCUUCGCAAACAGCUUCGCGAGUGUAAAUUCAAGAACAUGAUGAUGACGGAAGAACGAGAUGCGAAGGUCCAGGAGCUGAUGGAACUCAAGAAAUGGGCUGAGGCGCUCAAGACACGUUUUGAUGUCGUCGAAAAAGAGAAACAAAACUCGAUUGAGAAAACAGAAGUUGUCUCGAAUAACUGUGUCUUUCUGCAAGAGACUGUGAGAGCAUUAAACCAGAAAGUGUCUUCGUCAAGUCUCGAACUCGAGGAGAUGCGAAAACGCAACGAACUGCUCAUGAAGGAUUGCGAGCUUUUCAAAACUCAGCGGAACCACGCUUUGGAAGCGAGACGGGAAGCUGUGAACAGCAGGGAUAAAGUGAUCUCGGAGAAGGAGUCCAUACAAUCCCAGUAUAAUGAUCUUUUGGCAAAACGCGAACAGAUGAACAACGAACGACAGGAUCUGAUCCAGAGCUAUGACUCUAUUCACGGCAGGUACGAAAACACUUCAAAAGAAUUGACUCGAGUCAAAACCACGUUGAACGAGAAAGAGUUAGAAGUUGAGGAUUUGCAAAGACAACUGCGGGAAGCCAUGGAUAAGAACCAUCGGAACAGUGUUCUGUUGGAUACCAUCCCCGGCCUUGCGCCGGGAUCUUCCGACGAGGAUGACGAAGAUGACGACGAUGAUGACGAUGAUGAUGACGACGAUAAUGAUAAUAAUAAUAAUGGCCCAUCUGGUGUCGCUGAACAGCUAGACGAGAAGAGAGACGACGACGAGAAAUCCGCAGAUUUUAAACGUCCUUGGCGUGAGAGACGCAUGAAAUCUUUACUGAGCAGUAUAAAAUGUCGUAUUUCGGGCGACCGACCCGACGAGGACUCUCGGCCCGAACACAUGAGCCUGAUCAGGGGCAACGUGACCCUGGAUGUUUUGCAGAGUCUUUUGCCCAACCUGGGGAAACGCCCGUGUUCAAGCGUGCCUCUUCACACGCCCAGGAUUUCACGCACCUUACAGCGUCAGAAGUGCCUGAGGCAGAAGAAGUCGGAAUACGUCGUCGAUAAGAAACGGGCGCAAACCGCCCCCUGCGCGAUGGAUAACGUACCAGAAUAUUUCUUAUUCGAUGAUGUUACUCCAGAUGUUGUGAGGUCAUCGUCGUCGACGCCCGAUCUAAUCACGUACCCCGACGACGUAAACGAAGUUCCGAUAUAUUUCCGAAGUCGUUCGAGAAACAUGACAAAACAUGUGAAAAAUUACCGAAGAACAAAUUCGUCACAUUGAAAUACGUACAAACCGACAUUUGUCCGAGAGACUACCGAGAGUUUUCCGACUGUUCUUGCGAUAUUCAUCCGAUCACGAGUGAUUUUCGACCAUAUAUAUUUUUCAGGUUUAGGCUAUCCAUUUUCGUUGGCAGAUUUUUCCUUUGCAAAUUUUGUGUUUACAAAUUCACAUCUGUCUAUAUCUCAGACUCUUGGAGUCAUCCGAUUACCGCUUUUAAACGGAAAAAAUAUAAUCAUUCCAUGCAGGGAUUGCUUUGAAGAAAAAACUAAACUUUGAGGACUAUAUUAUGCAUUUUACAUUCCACAUCACUGUUCAUUGAUUUCAUUUUUAUUCCAAGAAAGAGCAGUUCAAAGUUCUUUCUUGUAAAUUGAUUGAUUUGACUUCCUGCAGUGAAAAAUGUGAUUUGAAUCAUUAUGUUCAUUCACUGAGUAAUUUGCAUCUCAUUUUGCUGCUAUGCCUAUGAUUUCGGAGUAUCAUUGAAAGAAAAAAACUGCUUUUGUUCUCUAUUGAAAAUCGAGAUCAUUUAUCCGACAAUAUGAUGCAUAAGAGUCUCAACUUCUGUUCAAUAUUUUCGAAGCACCCAGGAGAAAAUCUUAUCGAUGUUCCUGACGUAUGUCGCGUGGGAAGGGAGCACCUCAAUAAGUAGCAAUUAAUCUCUCGCUGUAUUACAUAGUGAAUUGCGUCAAACGACACGAUCCUAACAAUGCAUAAUAUUUAUAUCUUGGUAUAAGCUCUCAGACUCAGUGUUGUCUUUUGUCAAAGACAAAACCAGUCGAUUCCGCGUUCUAGUUCCCGCGUCCAAGAAACUAACACAGAUAACAUCUCGGUAAUGUUAUUUUUAUAUUCAUAUGUAAUUCGUAAUCUUUCUAAAUUGCAUAUACGAACCGCCCACAAUAUAUAAUAAUAUCCUCAAUAUAAUUCUCUGUAAAUAUAAGUAUUGAGUAAAGCAGUCCGCCAUUAUGGACAUAGACCAUUAUGUAGCUACUAUAUCGCUAUAUCCUGUUCUUUGUCUCUACUAAAAAGAGGAACCGAGACACCGAACCAAUACGUCAAACCUCAAUGUGAUGCUUGACUAUCAAUAUUGUCUGAUUAUUGGCUGCUGUAUUCAGUCUAUGCUGUAGAAAGCUGUUUAAAAUGCUCUUUCAGAUAGUUUCCAUAACCUAUUCCAAGUAGGGUAUUUUUAACAAGGUUAUAUAAGAAAAUGCAAA